UUUCUUCCUGUUCCCGCGUCAGCACUUUCACUUUCAGUGGCUGAGAAAUCAUUUAGUAAUUCAUUUGUUUCUGAGACGUGAAGAUGGCGAACGCUGGAGGUAAGUCGUGGGCUGCUCCCUCUAUGUAGUAGUGAAGUUAGGAGCAGAACGGAGUUGUGUGACGUGUUGACGAUGUCGCUUCUGCAGUCAGCGCAAUGGCAAAGGGAAGAGCCACUGUUAACUGUCCCUACAUAAGAAGUAACCAGGUGCAGGGAGACCUGAUCCUCAACAUGGGCCCUGGACCUGGACCCAAGAAAGGACUCCAACAGUGUGUCACCGACCUGCGUUUUUUUCUGAGCAAACAAAGGAAGUACCAGACUGCACCCUGUGGUUCCGAACUAUCCAAGAUCUACACAGAUCUACUGAUCACAGAGGAGAAGGGGGAUGGUUGGCUGGAGACUCACCAUGAGAUGGUCUCAAUAGAAUGUCAGCGAUUUGGAGGCAUACAGGUAGAUCUCCAGGAUAUCUUCCAGCCUUCAUCAGGAGAGCAGGUUCCACCUCAAAGGGUGCUCAUGAAGGGAAUCGCAGGGGUGGGGAAGUCUGUGGCAGUGCAGAAGUUCACACAUGAUUGGGCCGUGGGGAAAGCCAACCAGAAUCUGCAGCUGCUGUUCCCAUUCUCCUUCAGGGAACUGAACCAUUUAGCGGACCGGGAACUGAGUCUCAAGGAUCUUAUAGACCAGUUUUUUGUGCAGGUAAAAGACCUGAGUCCAGAAGACUACGAUACAGCCGAGGUUCUGUUUGUGUUUGAUGGCCUGGAUGAGAGUCGGUUCCGUUUCAGAGUGAAUGAUGAGGAGGUUUGCGGUUGCAUGGAGCAGAAGACAACUAUCGGGGUCAUCCUCUCCAACCUGCUGAUGGGCCGGCUGCUUCACAGGUCCAAGGUUUGGAUCACCAGUAGACCAACUGCUGUCGUUAAUCUCCCGGUUGAGCUGUUCGACAGGGUGACACAUAUACAUGGCUUCUCUAAAGAUCAGAUCUCUGAGUUCUUCAGGAAGACCAUCCAAGAUCAGACGCUGGCCACGAAGAUCCUAGAGCACCUCAGAUCCAAGUAUCUGCCAAACAUGAUGGUCAUGUGUCGCAUUCCACUCUUCAGUUGGCUCUCAGCCACAUCACUUGAGUUCUUACUCAACCACUCUGGAGAUGCUCAGUUACCUAAGACCAUGACCCAGAUGUACAUCCACUUUCUAAUCCACCUAGUCCAGAAAAACAGAAGGAGCGGAAGGCCAGAAGCGGACAGAGACUUUCUCAUGAGGUUGGGAAAACUUGCCUAUAGUCAGCUUGAGAAAAACCAUAUCAUCUUUGACAAAAAUGACCUCACAGAGUGUGACCUCAACUUGGAUGAUAAUGACCAGGUAUUAGUUGUUGCUGGGUUUUGUAUCCAAAUCCUUCGGAAGGUUUGCGGACUCUAUGAUCAGGAGACCUAUUGUUUCAUACACCUGACAGUGCAGGAGUUCCUGGCAGCUCUGUAUGUGCUGGAGACCUUUCUGAGUUCAGGGACCAACCUUGUACCGGGACAAUACAGGAACAAGAAACAAGAAAUCCUGUCGGUCCACCAGGAUGGCAUAGAUAUGGCUCUGAACUGCCCCAAUGGACGCUGGGACUUGUUCCUGCGCUUUCUCUUUGGUUUGUCUGAAGAGCAAAACCAGAAACUUCUGGAGAGGGUUUUGGGCAAAAGAGAAAAGUUUGACUUGGAUAAGAAAAAAACCAUUAGCUACAUCAAAGGAAAAAUCCGCUACAAGUCAGACAGGAACAGAACUGUCAACUUGUUUCACUGUCUGAGUGAGCUGGGGGACACUUCCCUAGUGGAGGACGUCCAACGGUUGUUUCACUCUGGUCGCGUGAAGGAGAUAUCUCCAGUACACUGGUCCGCCUUGGCCUAUUUGAUUCUGGUCUCAAACGAAGACUUGGAAACAUUUGAUUUGAAAAAGUACUCCCCGUCCGACGACACACUGGAGAGACUGCAGCCGGUGCUGAACGCUGCAAGGACUGCAAAGCUCAGCAAGUGCAACCUCACCAGUCAGGGCUGCAAGUGUGUGUCUGCGGUUCUGAGCAUGAAGGGAUCCAACCUGGAGGAGGUGAACCUGAGUAACAACCCUCUUCUGGAUAUUGGAGCCAAGAUGCUCCAUGAAGGCCUCAGAAACGAACACUGCCGACUGAUGACCCUGAGGCUCGUUGACUGUCAGCUGACUGACGAGGGGUGUCGACCUCUAUCACUCGCACUGAUGCCUUCCUGCCUGACUGAGCUGGACUUGAGUUACAACCAGCUACGGGACUCUGGAGUCUGUCUGUUGUUGGCCAACCUGGAAAGUCCACAAUGUAGACUCCAGAUUCUCAGGUUGGUCAGCUGUGGCAUCUCUGCCGACAGCUGUCAGAGUCUGGCCUCCGCCUUGGGUUUGAACUUAAGGGAACUGGACCUGAGUCACAACCAUCUGAGAGACUCCGGGGUCACUCUCCUCUCUGAGGGAUUGAAGGACUCACGCUGCAAACUUGAGACACUCAGGCUGUCGGGCUGUCAGCUGACCGACAAAGGUUGUGACUCUCUGUCAUCAGGCUUGGGUUCUAUAUGUUCCUCUUUGAUCCAACUGGACCUGAGUGACAACGACCUGCAGGAUUCUGGAAUCUGUCUGUUGUCAGAUGGACUAAAGAGUCCAUGUGGUAAACUGGAGUCCCUCAGACUCUCCGGCUGUAUGAUCUCAGAGGACGGCUGUAGGUCACUGGCCAAAGCUUUUGAGUCCAACUCAAAGUUCUUAAAGGAGCUGGACCUCAGCUACAACCACCCAGGAACUUUUGCUGUCCCACUGCCUGCUGCAGGUCCAAGUGAUCCUGGAUUCAGAAAGGAACACUGCGGUCCACGCAGGAUUCUGCCGGGACCAAGGAAGUAUUGGCGCCAUGUGACUCUGGACAAGAACACAGCAAAAAAACAUAUCAAACUUUCACCUGAUGCCCUGAAGGUGACAGCUCAACGUCAUCCGACUCGAUAUCCACCCCAUGUAGAACGGUUUGACCACUGGUGCCAGGUGCUUGGGUGCAAGGAGCUGCAGGGUCAGUGCUACUGGGAGGUGGAUUGGGUGGGUCAGAUGGAGGUGGCUGUCACUUACAAGGGGAUCAAACGAAGAGGAUCCACGAAUGAGAGCCGUCUUGGCAGGAACACUGUCUCAUGGAGUCUGCGCUGCUCCAAUGAUCGGCAUCACUUCUCUGUUUGGCAUGACAACAAAGAGACCGUGACACCGUGCAGUUCAGAAGUGAGCAGAGUGGCCGUCCAUCUGGACUGGGAGGCUGGGAGUCUGUCCUAUUUUGGGGUGUCCGGGGACACUUUGUCCCUCAUCCACACCUUCAACUGUGCCUUCACUAGGCCAGUCCUCCCUGGCUUCUGGUUGCCCUUGACCAGUAUUGUCACUUUGGUCCCACCUCCCUAAGUUUCAGAGCUUGAAGACAGAAGUCUGACCACAGGUCCGGGUGCAGCUGAGAAGGAAACCUGUUGCUUGUUAACAGAAGGUGUAGCUGGGGAUUUUGGUGGAGGGUUUUGGCUGUGAUCACGUUUCACCAUCAAUGCUGCAGAUGGAGAUACCAGGAGAAUGGAGUGAGGGAGGAAAAGGUUCAUGGAUGUGGUGGAUGUAGACAUGAAGGUGAUCAAGUCGGUGCAAGGUGGAGUCAGUGUCAAGUGAUUUUAAAGUUUUAAAACUGAUAAACUAAAAAUGAAUACUCUUUUAUUGUCUGCAAUUAAUUUUCUUAGCUACUCAAAUUUUCUCAAGGCGGUUUUACUGGCCUUUUUCUGUAUUUUUUUCUAUGUAUUUACAGUCAAGAAAAAUGCAGAAUCUGUUGCGACACACGGUUGAUGUCUACUCACUGAUGAUUUAUGCAGUGAAAUAUAUACAGUAUAUAGAAAAUUAUAAAUAAAACAUUUACAAGUUUGCUUCCAGUGUGUUGAAUUUCUGGCGGAUUAACUAUAAAACACAGUUAAUGAUGGUCAUG